AUGCCUGAGCAGAAGAGCCGUAGAGCGGUUUGGGAAGAAUUUUGCAAACGAAAAGCAUUCAAACCCUCACUUUGUACAAGAAUUUGCUCGCUUCAUUUUGCCGAGGAGUCAUAUGGACCCUCGCAUUCUCCUCAAUUCCUCGAAAGCAUUGGAUACACAGAGAAAACGAGUUGCGUAAAGCCUAAUGUUUACCAACGCUUGACAAGCCUACGACCAGUGCUAGCGUUUCUAACGUAUCUGCAUCGUCACAAUCGAAGAGAACAAGGAGACAAACCGAGAGGAGACAACGUCAAAAGAUACCAGUACUUGAAAGAUACAUUUACCGAUAGCUUUAAUAAAUUCUGCUUCUUCAAUGUCCUUAUUUUUCUUCAUUGUUUCACAAUUUAG